GUAGUUGGGGGUGAACGGUGCACUGCAGAGCACACACCCAAGCUCACUAUAAAUUCAGAGGAGCAGCAUGAAGGAGUGUGUGUGUGUGCGCGUGCGUGUGUAUGCGCGCGUGUGUGAAAGAGGCAGGACGUGACUGCUGAGUCAGUUAAACUGUAGUACAGCAGCGAGAAUGGUCAGUGAGCAAUGCAGCAGCCAAAAGAAACUGGACAGCUGAAAAACUUCUCUCAGCUACUCAGGAUGGACAGAACACACUCGUGCUAGUCAUGGCGACUCCAGACCAGGAUCAGGAUCAGGUUAGCUAACCUCAGUCAGAGCUCUAAGUCAAAGGACAAAGGUGGUGUCCCGAACAGGAGGUUCAGGAUCGUGUGCGAGUCUGAGCGAUGGAGAGGGAACACCGCUCCCAUCUCAGAAGUAAGCCAGCAGUAGUGACCGUCCCGGCUCUGUACCGCGUGGCCGUGUGUGGUGGUACCCACGGCAACGAACUGGCUGGGGUUUACCUGCUGCGGCAGAGCAUGAAGAGGAAGCGGAAGGGCAGCAUGGCGGAUCCGGUUACUAUGGUAACGGUGAUGACAAACCCACGUGCUGUGCAGCAGUGUGUACGUUACAUGGAGGUGGACCUCAACCGCUGCUUCACACACACUACACUGAGUGCCCCCGUCUCUGACGUCACCCCGUACGAGGUUGUUCGGGCUCAGGAGCUGAACGCUCUGCUCGGUCCUAAAGGCGGUUCUGCUGCGGUGGAUCUGCUCUGUGAUCUUCACAGCAGCACUGCCAACGUGGGCCUCUGCCUCAUCGCUCACUCCGACAGCGACUGGAUCUGCCUGCACAUCUGUAAACACCUGCAGGCAAGACUGGCCACCAUUCCAGUUCGGUAUGUCCACUACGAUGUUCCUAAGAGUGAGGCUUACACGUUGCACUCUGUUGGGAAACACGGAUUUGCGAUGGAGGUCGGUCCUCAGCCACAUGGCGUGAUCAGAGCCAACGUUUUUACUGCCAUGCAGGAGGCUGUUCAUCUCACACUUGAGUGGGUUCGUCUGUUCAACUCAGGGACCCAGUUUGAAGGCGGCUCGGUGGACGUUUAUACGAUGGUGGAGAACAUCAAAUACCCUCAAGAUCCUCUCACACACACCAUCACAGCUGCGGUGCAUCCAGAACUACAGGAUAGAGAUUUCUGUCUCCUGCACCCAGGUGACCCCGUCUUCCUCUCUUUCUCCGGAGAGACUCUGAGGUACAAAGGGAAAGAAGCGCUCUAUCCUUUCUUCGUCAACGAGUGUGCGUUCUACGAAACGGGUGUCGCUCUGUCUCUAGCGAGGAGAAGGAAGGUGGAGAUUCCAGACAUCCAGUGCAGCAGAAUGUGAAGAGCAUACUCCAGAGAGAAAGACGAGAAAUAAAGAGACUCCAGUGUAAUACAGAUUGGGCUUCUUAAAUACAUCCUUGAAGGUUUUUAGUCAUACCAUAACCCAUUACUACUCCAUACCGAAACCCUGAACCUCAAACCCUCUACUCUAACCAGAACUCCAACACCAACUUCUAUCCUCAACUCCUAGCCCUAACCCCUAACCAUGAUACACCACUUAUCUAACUACAAUGCUAAAAUCUUAACAUCUUUAUCUAAUCACGUGAUCAUUGAUGGGAAUUAAAUGCCUGGAAUUUCCAAUGAAGAACUGAUGAGGAACCUCACUGAGUGAUGAUGAGGUAGUAGCUUGCCACUUAAAGUGCCCAUGGAAUAAAAAUGGGUGUUUCAGAAUUUUUUCAA